AUGGCUGGUAAUGAGGCUGGACAUGGUGCUAUUGUCAGAAAUAGAGAUUUGAUUGAAAAGAUAUUAUCUCUUAUUGAUAUAACAGAUGAACCGUCCAAACAUCUUAAAAGUAAUAUUAUGAAAUGCAGCCACUUGUUUGGGUUGAAAAUGGCAAAUCAAUGGCAGAAAGUAGGACAAUCUCGGAAUCGACUUUUACAAAAUCAGGUAUAUUGGUUAGACAAGAUUAUAUAUAGAAUAAAUAAUGAUUCUGAAGAAAACACAUCUUCGGAUGAGGAACAAGAACCUCCUUGUCGCUCAGUUGGACGGCCACGGGUGCCAUUUGAAGAGGCAUCGAAGAAAACAAAACGAAGAUGUGUAGCCGAACUAACCACAGACAGAUCUGCAAAUGAACUUCAAUUUGCUGUAAAUGUCGUUUCUGGAAGCAAUCACAGUGAGGUCUCGCCACAAAUUUUCAGUUUUAGUACAGCUGAAGCUUUAGCCCUUAUGGUAGAUUUGGAUAUAUCCGUUGGUGGGCCUGAAAACAAAGCUAUAGUCGAAGCAAACAAAAAACAAGUCCAAGCAGAGUUCAGAGCCAAGCUGUCUCUAAUAGUUGACAAACCAAAACCCGGGUAUGGCUCCUCAAAUGAUGGCAAUACGGCCAGAAUUUUUUUCCACAAUCCACAAACAAGUUUAGAUAUCACAGGGGUUGACAGGGAAUUAAUCGAGACAUUUGCGAUCAUCUUAGAAGUGUUAGCUAGUGGUUGCGCUAUUGAUAUGGAAAAGUUUGCGUCAUUGCUGGAAGAAGCAAGAAAUUUGUAUAUCCACCUUUAUAAGUGGUACAACAUGCCAGACACGGUACAUAAGGUCCAGGGUUCAUGGGUGUGA